AUGUCUCAAAAUCAGUCCUACAAUGACGACAAGCAGACGGAGAGCUCGCAGGACAGUUCGCAUGAAGAGAGGCUAUUACUAGAACCGCACAGCUUGAAGCUCUUGCCUUCCAAGAGUGGAGACGGGAGAAGAAGAAUCACCUUACAUGCUGUCGUGUUCCUACUUGCGAUAGCAAUCACAACCCUCCUCGGCUACCUCAUCCGUCCAUUCCCCCCACAACCACCACGCAUGAAAACCCUUGACUGCGGCACAAAUUCCGCCACCGCCCGAGCAAACAACUGCACUUACGACGUCCUCUCCAACAUCUGGGUGCCAAACCCAUGCAUCGACCACAAGAAUCUAGACGACUUCAAGCGUCUCGCCAAAUGGCAAGCGUACGAAACACGCGAAGCCAAGCGGCUCCUUACUGAAGACGAAAUGGGCGACGUGGUUGCGCCAAAUACUUACUUUACUGAGAUUCGGGAGCACAUGGUGCACUGCGCGCUCAUGUGGCGACGGCUGCAUCGCGGCUAUCAGGAAGAUCAGAAGUACCUUGAUCUUCAUGUGAGAGCGUUGACGCAUACGAAGCACUGCUCGCAGCUCAUGAUUGAUUAUCUGGAGAAACCGAGAUCGGUUAUGGAUCUCACCGUGUCGCAAACUUCACCAGGCUUUUCGGUUUGUCACCUUCCGGUUUGA